AUGCCGUUUCUGACCUCGCCACAACCUCGGAUUCUGAUAGCCGGUGCCGGAAUUGGUGGACUGAGCACCGCUCUGUCUUUGCACGCUGCUGGCUUUGUUGAUAUACACAUAUUCGAAGCCAGCUCGCAGCUUACCACGUUGGGUGUUGGGAUCAACGUCCAGCCAUCGGCAGUGCUCAUCUUGCGUAACCUAGGCUUGUUGCCAAAGCUUCAGGAAACUGGGAUUGAGACUCAGGAACUGAACUUUUACAGCCGGCAUGGCCACACUAUUCUCUCGGAACCACGAGGUGUCGGAGCGGGAUACGUCGUGCCCCAGUUCUCGAUACACAGGGGGGAGUUCCAGAUGCUCCUGCUGGAUGCAGUAAAGGAACGCAUUGGCAGUGAUCGAAUCCACCUGGGCCAUGCUCUUACGGGAUAUACUCAAGAUGCCAACUCCAUUACGGCCAAUUUUGUCCGGCGCGCCAGCGACCAGCCAGCUGAGAAUCCGACCAUGUCCGGCACCAUUCUCAUAGCUGCCGAUGGAAUCAACAGCACAGCUCGCCGGUUGCUGUACCCAAAGGAAGGCCCGCCGCACUUCUCUGGGCGCAUCUUAUGGCGCGGAUGUGUGGAGCGUGAUCCAUAUCUCACAGGCGCUUCGAUGAUCUGGGCCGGUCACGCAAACCAGAAGUUCAUAGCAUACCCCAUCAGCGGAAGAUCAGCGCGCAACGGCAAAUCACUGGUGAAUUGGAUCGCUGAGCUUCGGGUUCGCGAUGAGAACGAUCCAGAUGUGACUCCUCCGCCGACAGACUGGACUAAGAAGGUCCCGAAGGCCAAGUUCGAAGGUCCUUUCUCGGAGUGGACUUGCGGAGGACUUCGUAUGAAGGAUCUCAUAGACAGCACGGAUAGCGUCUUUGAGUUUCCUAUGUGCGACCGGGACCCAGUGGACCAGUGGUCAUUCGGACGUUUGACACUCCUUGGAGACGCAGCCCACGCCAUGUAUCCGAUCGGGUCCAAUGGCGCCACCCAGGCAAUCAUCGAUGCUGAAACCCUGGCUAAAUGCCUGGUUGAAAACCCAGAUGAUGUACCUGGAGCAUUGAAAGCAUACCAGGAAGCCAGACUGCCACCGACAGCUAAGAUUGUCAUGGCUAAUCGGGCGAAUGGACCCGACCAUGUCUUGCAACUCGCCCACGAACGAGCACCUGAAGGCUUCGCGAACAUCUACGAUGUUAUUCCAAAGGAGGAGUUAGACGGUAUUGGAGCAGCUUACAAGGCCAUCGCCGGCUUUGAGAGGGACAGCGUCAACCAGAAGGCAAAAGAGACCGAGGCACUGGCGGAUAGGUUCUCUAAAACUGCAUAG